AUUUGAUGAAUUUCAAUGGAGUUUCUCCCAAAAUAGAAGAGAGCCCGGUUCAAAUCCCACCCUUCACUCUCCAUGGCGGCACCCAAUCGCUCCCCUAUGCGUGUUCUAAUCCGUCCUCCAUCAUCUUCUCCUAUCACUCUUCCUUCCACCACCACUGUUCUACCACCACCCGCUGCCAUCCAUCAACCACCACCACCACCACCAUCGGCUCUUCCACCUCUCCCUCCCCCUCCUCCCCCUUCAACAACAUUCCGGCAAAACAGCGUUGUCGUUGUCGGAUUCGUCGGCCGGCGCAAAGGUGACGUGAGCCAAUUAAUCAACCGGAUUAUAGAUUCCAAUGUGUUUGGUUCCGGGGAUGCUGACGUAGCAUUGGGGUUUGAGAAAACAGGGGAAAUCGUGACGGAUGAGGUCAAGGAUUGGUUUAAGCAAAGACAAAUUAGUUAUUAUCAUGAGGAGACAAAGGGGGUUUUGUAUUUGCAGUUUUGCUCCACCAAGUGUCCGGUUAUGGAAGGGUUUUCGGAGGUCCCAAGUGGGUUUGAUUCGGUUUUUGAAAAGCAGGAGUUUGGGGAUCUUCAAGGGAUGCUGUUUAUGUUUUCUGUUUGCCAUGUGAUCAUAUUUAUACAAGAAGGCUCACGCUUUGAUAUCCAAAAUCUAAAAAAGUUUCGAGUGUUACAAGGUGCUAAACAUGCAAUGUUUCCAUUUAUUAAAUCACAAACACAACAAUCAACAACAUCAAGAUCACACACAUCUUCUUCUUCACACACUUCUCCUUCAAGAACACCUUCCAAAAACCGUUCCCCUGGUAAAAAUGGUCCACCCAUGGCUCGCAAUCCUUCAUCAGUCUCAUUAAUGUCAGAUGAGUCAACUCAGUCUAGAUCAACUUUACCCAUGAAAGGAUCUGGUUCAGUAGUUGUACUUUCACGCCCUGUUUCAAAACCAGAAGGUGGUUUCAAGAAGAAACUACAGUCAUCUCUUGAAGCACAAAUUCGGUUUUCAAUCAAAAAAUGUCGGGUACUUUCGGGCUCUGAAACGGGUCCUCCUGGGUCAAGAAAUGGACCCGGACCCAUUUCAAGUCAUAUGCCUUUGUUUUCACUUGAUGGGUCUAAAGCUGUUUUGCUUCUUGAUAAACUCUCAAACAAUUCAGGCGAAUCUUUAGAGUUUGCCACUAGCAUUGUUGAGAAUGUUCUAGAAGGUAUCUCAACUUCAGACUCACUUCUACUUGAAACCCAUAGUCAAAGUUCAAAUAAAGAAGACAUUCUUUCUUUAAAGGAGUUCAUUUACAGACAAUGUGAUAUUUUAAGAGGUCGAGGGAGUAUCAGUGUCUCUGGUGGUGGUGGUGGGAUGGUGGCGGUGGCGGCUGCUGCUGCUGCCGCCUCGGUAGCUUCUGGAAAGCCUCCGCCUUUAACUCCUGAUCUUCCAUCUCUUGAUGUCUGGUUGACUUCCAGUCAAACCAUUUUACAUGGGCUUCUUUCUGCUAAGCCUGUGUUUAUACCUGAAUCUGAACAAACCAAAAGAAGAUCAAGACAACGAAAUAACGUUUCGGUUUCGGUUAUUGAAGGAAGUCAAACAAAAGUCAACGACCCUUUAGAACUUGCAGCAACAUAUUUGGAUAACAGUAAAGGGCUGAAUAGUAAAUUUUCAAUUUCUUGGUGUCAAAGAGCUUUACCUGUUGCUAAAGAUGUCUACUUACACGAUUUGCCACCAUGUUAUCCAACAUCACAACAUGAAACCCAUUUGUCAAAAGCUUUGACUUCUUUUAAGUCAAUGGUCAAAGGUCCAGCUGUGGAUUUUUAUUUGAGAAAACUGGAAAACGAAUGCACAUCAAUUUGGAUUUCGGGUAGACAACUAUGUGAUGCAGUUAGUUUAACAGGAAAAUCAUGUAUUCAUCAAAGACAUGACUCUUCAUUACCACAUUGUAGUGGUUUUGUUUUUCUUCAUGCGUGUGCAUGUGGGAGAUCAAGGAAAUUACGAUUAGACCCUUUUGAUUUUGAAGCAGCUAAUGUGAACUUUAGUUGUUACCCAGAAUGUGAUAAACUUCUUCCUACCCUUUUUUUACCAGAAGGAAACACAGAAGGGCCUAUUCAGUCAAAAUCUUGGAGUUUGACUCGAAUUGGAGGGUCAAGAUACUAUCAACCUUCAAAAGGGCUUCUCCAAAGUGGGUUUUCAAAUACAGAGAAGUUUCUUCUGAAGUGGAAAUUUUUUCUUGAAAAACAGAAAGAAUUCAGUAAAGAUUCAAGGGUUGAAGUUGUUUCAGAUGUAAAGGUGAAAAAAACAGACAAUGGGGUGGAGAUUAAUUCUAAAUCCAAGAAUCUUGAUGACAAUAAGAGUAAUUCCACUAAAGUUGUUCCUAAUUUUACAAUGAAAAAACCUUUUUCUGAAGUUGUUGCAGGAUCAUCAUCUACAAGUUCUGGGUUUCCUCCACUUCAAUUAAAAAAGAAAACUUUAUUAACUUUGGAAAAUGUUAAUAAAGAGAAGAACAUUGGAGAAACACCACAUGAUAAUCAAGAAUCUAAAAAAAUCGGGACUUUGUCUUCUGUUCAUGAAGAUGGAAACGGGAAUACCAAUGGAAAUCCGUUUCUACAAAAGGGUAGUUUUGGUAAUUUGUUAAACAUGAAUGGAAGGGAGAACAAUUCUUUAAAUCAGGUGGUGGUAUACAUUGGAUUUGAGCAUGAAUGUCCAUGUGGACACAGAUUCAUAUUGACACCAGAUCAUCUAAAAGGGCUUGGAUCCAUUUAUGCAGUGGAUGAAUCUGCUGAAAAUAAUUUGGAUCGUAGAGGGGUAGAUUCGUCAAAGAUGGGUAAAUAUGGAGGGCAUGGUAAAAUCCAUAGACACUCAAAUAGAAUGGUGAAUCCUGGUGUUAGUAAGGUCAGAAAUCCAGUAAAGUCAAAAGAAAUAGGGAGUAAUGGUAAUCAAGGGCAAAAUGGUCACAAAGAUAUUGAAGGAAGUCUUGAGUCAAUGAUUCUUGAUGAUGAUGGGAAUGGUGUUUUUCCUUUACUAAAUAGAAACUUACCAUUGUACCUAAAUUGCCCUCAUUGCCAGAUCCAUAAGAAUAAGAAUGAUUCACCAAAUGUUCAAUUUGCUGGCACUAUUUCACAGCUUCAGAGAAUAUUUCUGGUUACACCUCCCUUCCCUGUUGUCCUGACUACAUGUCCAGUUAUUCAAUUUGAGGUGUCAUGUCUACCUCCAUCAGUGGUUGACCAUGACCAUGAACAGAAGAAGCUGCAGUUCAGCCUUGGUUGUCCGGUGAUACUGCCGCCAGAGAGCUUCCUCUCCCUCAGGCUUCCAUUUGUUUAUGGAGUGAAGCUUCAAGAUGGAACUUUUCAUCCUCUCAAACCUUUUCAAAGUCAACCAGAGUUGACCGCAUGGUUGACCAAAACCACAGCUUUACAGCUGCAAUUUUGCCUGCUUUCAGGUAGAGUUUGUAUUGGUUAAUUUGGUGAUCCAAUGAUGAUUGAUGAUGAUGAUGCCUGUGUUACAGUGAUAUCAGGGACUAAAAAGUAAAAACCUCAAAUAAGGACCAAAGUUGCAAGAGAAAAACCGUGUUGGGACCAAAAUUGCAAAAAUCAGCUAUACUUGAGGGACUAAAAAUGUAAUUUACUGUUAUUCUAAUGAUGGUGUUUGUUAAUUCUGUUUAUGGACCAUAGGCCUCUCUGGAAAUGGUUGGUGUUUUGUGGGAUUCUUGAGCAUAACCAGGUUGAAAUGUAAAGAUCUACAAUAAUGCCAGAUUAAGAGGUGCUGCGGCUUCUGGGAAAUGGGAAGAGAAGGCUGAUUGCAUUUGCAUGACGUCAGAGGAAGGAGAAGAGUGGUUGGAAUUUGGAAUUUGGAAUUUGGAAAUGGGAAUUGUUGGGUAAUAAUUGCUAAUGUUUAAAGAUAAUAAUAAAGUGAUAUUUAAGAUUUGCUUUCAACAUAUAACUAAUUGGGAGUUUAUUGUAUUCUGUUUCUUACUAUGAAUGUAUUAAUCAGUUUAUUGCCAA